AUGUCUUUAUCAGUUAGACAGAUUACAAGAUUAUGUUCAUUACUUUCUUCUAAUUUUAAACGAACAGGAAAUUUAGUUCCAUUAGUUCAACGGCAUACAUUUACAGAAAAUUUGAAUAAUGUUAGGCAUUAUCAUACAUCUAAAAGAUUACCAAAAGAUUAUUAUAAAAUUCUUGGUGUUGAUAAAAAAGCAACUGCUAAAGAUAUCAAAAAAGCCUAUUAUAAGUUAGCAAAACAAUACCAUCCAGAUGUGAACAAAGAUAAAGGUGCUUCUGAAAAAUUUCAUGAAUUGACACAAGCAUAUGAAAUUUUAUCAGAUGAAAAUAAAAGAGCCCAUUAUGAUUCUACCGGUGAUAAUCCAUUUGCUGGUUCCGGUGGUAACACAAAUUACGGUGCUUCUGAUUGGCAAAGGAAAGCAGAAGAAAUGUACGAAAAAGUUUAUAAAGAUUUUUUCAAUCGUGGUGGUAUGAAUAAUGGUUGGGGUAGAGGAUUUGCUGAAACAUAUGCAGGAUUUGAUAGGACAUCACAAAUUGUUAUGACAAUUACAUUUGAAGAAGCUGUUAAAGGUGUUUCUAAAGAAAUUAAUGUAAAUGUUGUAGAUAAUUGUAUGAGAUGUAGGGGUAGUGGAUGUGAACCACCCCAUAAGAAAGUUUUAUGUCCUUAUUGUAAUGGUACUGGAAUGAUAACAUCAAAACAAGGAGGUUUUAUCUUUUCAUCAAGUUGUGAUAGAUGUAGUGGAUCAGGAAGUUAUAACAAAAAUCCAUGUAUGGAUUGUGAAGGUCAUGGAAAAAUUGUACAAAAUAGAUCUUCAACAAUUACUGUUCCAGCUGGAAUUGAUAAUGGUGAUAGUAUAAAAUAUAAAGUUGGUCAACAGGAUGUUUACGUUACAUUUCAAGUUUCACCAUCAAAAAUUCAUGUACGUGAUAAAUAUGAUAUUUACACAGAUGUUUCAAUUUCACUAACACAAGCAGCUCUCGGAGGUACUGUUGUUGUUCCUGGAUUAAAAGGUGAUACUACUAUUAAUAUACCUAAAGGUACUUCAUCUCAUACAAAAUUUGCACUAAAAGGGCAUGGUAUCAAGCGUGUAAAUGACUAUGGAACAGGUGAUCAAUACAUUAAUAUUAAAGUUCAUAUUCCAAAAAAAUUAACAGAAAAACAGAAGAAGGCAUUAUUAAUGUUUGCAGAAGAUGAGACGGAUGUUAACGGUACUGUUGCAGGACUUAAAGAAUGGAAUAUAUUCUUAAAACGGUAA